AUGGAUUCAGGCGGCGGCGGACCCAAUAAUUCCCGGUACCAGCGAAAAUUGCCGUCGUCCGAUCGUCUCCUCGGCAUUUUCUCCACCGCUCACUCACAAUCCCAACCCUCUAUAUCCACCUCUGCUUCGACUUCCGCCGCCGAAGUUGAGCUCAGCGAGCACGACAUUUUUGACGCAUCCUCCGAUGCAAUUCAACACUCCACUCCUUCAACUUCAACUAGCCCGAACGCUAAUUAUCAUCGGUCCCCUAACCAUCUCUCCCACCACAAACAUUUCGGUAUCCUAGCCGCGUUGCCAGAGUCUGAGUCCCACGCGCAGGCUUUGCUCUCCGUUUCGUCAUCCUCCUCGUCUUCCUCCACGUCGUCGGCUCGUUUGAUUCCUACAAUUCCUAAACGGCCGCCGCCAGUGGAUCGGGUUAAAUAUCUCCAGUCCGCACCGGUGAAUGUUCCUGUAAUGUCAGCAGCAGCGCGCCGAAGAGGCAGGCAUUUCGAUGAUGUUGAUGAUGAUGUGGACGGUGGUGAGAUGUUACCACCGCAUGAAAUUGUUGCGUCGAGAAAGACACCAAUUUUGGCAUCCUCUGUGGUUGAGGGAGCCGGGAGGAAGUUGAAAGGGAGGGAUUUGAGGCAGGUCCGAGAUGCUAUUUUGCAGAAGACAGGUUUUCUUACCUGA